AAGCUCUUCAACUUGGAGAAUACCAGAAAAAGGUUGAGGACCUUGAAAGCUCUCCAAAGAACAUCGGCGAGCAAAAGCAUAACCGGACGGCGCCUGAAAUUUCGCCAUGGACGUGAAGUCGCAGCAAACAUCAUCAUGUCCCAUUGAGAAAGUAGUUGUUCAUCCUCUGGUAUUGCUCAGCAUUGUCGACAACUUCAACCGAGUUGCCAAGGACACCAGUAAACGAGUUGUUGGAGUUCUACUCGGAAGUUCAUUCAGAGGAAUUGUUGAUGUCACCAAUAGUUAUGCAGUGGCCUUUGAGGAGGAUGAUAAAGACUUUAGCAUAUGGUUUCUUGACCACAACUAUCUUGAAUCUAUGUUUUCAAUGUUCAAAAGAAUAAAUGCUAAGGAGCACAUCAUAGGCUGGUAUAGUAGUGGUCCAACAUUACAGGAAAAUGAUUUAGAUAUUCACCAAUUGUUCCACAAAUAUGUCCCGAAUCCUGUUCUCGUAGUUAUUGAUCUGGAACCCGAGGAUCUUGAGGUACCUACCAAGGCCUAUUACGAUGUUGAAGAAGUUCAGGAGAAUGCUACUCAGAAGAGCCAAAAGAUUUUUGUGCAUGUGCCUUCAGAAAUUGGAGCACACGAGGUUGAGGAAAUUGGAGUUGCACACUUACUAAGAGAUGUUAAAGACGCCACCAUCAGCACGCUUGCUACUGAGGUUUCUGGAAAGCUUACAGCCCUAAAAGGUUUGGAUUCAAGUUUGCGAGAGAUUCGCAGUUACCUUGACCUUGUUGUGGAUGAAAAACUUCCUAUAAAUCAUGAGAUUCUAUACUAUUUACAGGAUGUAUUCAACCUGCUUCCUAAUCUGAAUGUGGCUGAUUUGGUUAAAGCAUUUUCAGUAAAAACCAAUGAUAUGUUGCUGGUCAUGUAUCUCUCUUCUUUGAUCCGAAGUGUGAUUGCACACCAUAACUUGAUUAGAAACAAGAUGUUAAAUAAAGAGCACGAGAAAGCAGAGGAUGCAAAAUCCGCUUGUGUUGCAGCUUCAUCAGGAAAGUAAAUCUUAUGUUGGCUUGUC